GCCACUACCAAGGAAAAUUAUUUCGACCGCGGUGGUCUUCUCUUAUUUAUAAUUAUAUCUGAUUUACAACACCCACUUUUAUUUUGGAAGUCGUGGCGAAGAAGAUGUACAUGUAGCUGCUUUUCUUUUCGAAGCCAUGAAAUCAGUUGGCUCGCGAUCAUCAAAGAUGAUUGUUAUUCCACCAGGAACAAAAGAAAAAGAAGUAUCAUUGCGGCCACUAAAACGACCAUAUCUAAUAGCCAUCUUCGUUUGCUUUGCUAUCGUUGAGAAAGUCACUGCCAUUAGCUUGAACGUUGUCCAAAAUUCAAAAAAACGAACAAACGCGGGACGUCUAGAUCAUGCGCAGCGGAGCAGAGGCAGGACGGGAAAAACGCAGGAAAGUGAAAAUCGCGCCGCGGUGACCUCUAGAGGAACAAAGACAUCCACUUCGAAGAAGCAGGGUACAACUACAUCAACGCUUGCGGAGCUUGUGCGUCGAAGAAGUGCCACGAUAUCUUCGGCUACCUCUAGGCAUAAGCUGGCAGAGCUUCUUGCUCUUGGGGAUGAUUUGGCCCAGGACGCUGGCGUUUUGCCCGCGGUUCUGCCGCUCGGGGAGCUCUACACCUAUGGCGCGCCGAAGGUGACGAAGACAGCGCGGAACCCGGUUCCCAGAGCUAGCACUGCGGGAGGGCAGGAGGAAGCGAAAAGAGGAGCACCGAACUGCUGGCCCGGGUUGCGCGUGUUCACGUGCCAAAAGUCGGGCGGCGUGUGGUGGUGGGUGGAUUUCGCAGCGCAGUCGGCUUUUCUGGUGGGCAAUUGGUACCAUCCGGAGAUGGACUCACUGGAAAUCUUAUUGGAUUCCACGGGGAUCAAUGGCGGCUUGGAGCGCGGACAGUGGGCCACGCUGGAAAGGCAGCUGAAAGAGAACCCGCCUCACAUUGAUGUAGUCAACAGCCCCGCCGUCGAGUCCAUCCCGGCAGAGACAAUCUACGAGCCCUUCGUACUCCUUGGACCCGACGAAACGCAAUAUCGCGGCUGCGAAGAAUACGCGGCCGACGAGGACAAGCUAAACGAUCUGAUUGGGUAUCCGAACUGGCAGGGAUUUGUGGCGAGUUUGGAGCUGCACAAUGAGCCCGCGUAUUUUCUCGGCACGACGGCGGUCUACGACCGAAGGGUGAAAAACAUCACCUCGGCGCCCGCACCCUUGACACUCGCCAAGGCAAGCACGUAUGCACGCUUGGUGUUCCACGUUUACACCGUCGAGCACAAGGAGGACGCGCACGCACGAAAUUUUCUGCAGAAGAUUCACCAUGGCCAAGAUCCGGAUCAUCUUUUCUACUACUUCUACAUGAAGUCCAUCUCGAAGGUGAGCUUGGUCAGUGUCCUCGAAAACGACGAGGUGAGCGACACGGACUAUUUACUGCUCUCCCAGCACACACAGACCCGACGCUGCGUCCUGCUUCUGUCCGGGACCAACGCGCAGUUUGCGGCAGACGGCAUGUCGGAAAUCCAGUCCGAGUUGUUUGGGAGCAACGUGCUCGAGCAGAGCACCGUGGCCAGUUGGUGUGGCGGAGCGCUCACUGAAGUGCACUCGGGCUACGUCAACGAGGCGGCGAGAAUCAUUCACUGCGCCGUGCCCCUGAUGGCCAACGCGCUGCAGACGUGCUCCGGGCUGGACGUCGCCGGGCACUCCCUCGGCGGGGCCACGGCCACGGUGCUGUACGCCUGCGCGCGCGAGUAUUUUGACAGGCGGAAACAACACGAAAUUACUAUAUCGGGUGAUGAAAAUAACGCGGACCACUUGUUCGCGCAGAACAAAACGGAAUGGAAUGCUAAGCUGCAACAAGAACUGCGAGACACCGAUCGGACGCUCGCAAAGCUCGGAGAACUGUUUCAGCCGAACGUUUCUGAAGACAAUGAUGUCGUCGUCGAGGACUAUCCAGAAAUGUCGGACUACGAUUACGGGCACACAGUUACGUUUCGUGCGUCUUUGAAGGGGGAAGCAGAAAACGGGGAGUAUCCGCUGCGAAACGAGUGCGACCGCCAAUUGCUGGUCGAAGACUUCCGUGGGAGAACUGCGGAAACACGGUUCGACAUCAAAAUCGGCAGUACGACAACGACAACUACCACGGUUGUCUCGGAGAGCGGUGUGAGUAUUUUUAGUACAGGAGACGAUAACAGUACCGGCACAAACAACACUGUUGUUAACGCCAGCAAUUACACGACCAGCGCCAUAAGUAACACGAGCACGACAACCACCACCACCACCACCACCACCACCAGCACCACCAGCACCACCAGCACCACCAGCACCACUGCGAUUACUUCUACCAGCGCUGCGUCGCCGGAAAGGGUGAGUAGUGAAGAAGACGAAGAAACGGGGCCUAACGCCGAUGAGAAAACCGGUUCGGGUCCACAGCAUCAUCCACCUCCUACCUUUGGUGAUGCAGUGGAUGAAGAUCUUGGCGAGGUGACGCUGGGCUGUUGUUAAGCUGCGUGGACUUGGACAUCAAGGAGAAAUGGAGCGUAAUUUUUGUCGCUGUUGACUCUCUUCUUCAUUUUUUCUAGAAGUAAGGCACUCUGCAUGUUUUGUAUAUCAAUCUAUGAUCACGCAAGUAGUCGAACACUCAUGAAGCAUACAGGCAUAGAUAAGUCGCGGGUUAUUUCAAAAAUCAAGUACACUUGUAGUUUCAGUUUGGCACCCGCACGCAUCAUGGUCAUAGUAGCAUGGUUUUCAAGGUCGCAUUGUUACACGUGGAGGCAGGUCUCCAUUUUCGGUUCGUUUGGUCCCAGUUCUUUCAACAACGUGGUAUUUGGAGAUGUCGAACAAGAAUUUGAAUAUGGUUUCCAAGUGAAAGAAGCUGUGUGUGUCC